GAAAAUUGUCGGAUCGACUUCAUCCCCCGAUUAUGUGUCAGUGCCGUUGAUACAGAUCAGUACAAAAAGUAAAAAAUUAAAAAUGCCCCCUUUUCUGUGCAGUGUGAAAUGGGCUGUAGAGUCAAGCGGUGACAAGCUUUUGGAUUACAUGUGUAUCUUUUAUCCAAUUAGAAAAGGUCAAGACUGUAAAAGUAGGAUUAACGGGUCUCUGCAUCUAAUGACCUUCACGUGAACCCCUUCCCCUCUGUAACUCAUCCUGGCACGAACGUCCCUCCUUUAAAGUCCACUGUUUGAGACCUUUCCCCUACCCUUUCACCCGUCUGUCCACCUUGGAAGUAGGUGACACGGUGGCAGAAAUCCCCGCUGUGAUCCUAUUACACGGAAUAGAGCUGUCAUCUGUGUAUGACAAGCCUCGACACACUGCAGUUUCACUCGCAGCGUCGCACUUUCGCACUUUCACCGGGGAGGAAAGGAAGUUUUGGAUUAUUAGGUCGCUGUUGUUUGGAUAAGACGUCCUGGCAGACAAUUGGAUUGAGAUGACAUGGCGCCCUCAGUACCGCAGCUCCAAGUUCCGGCACGUGUUUGGAAAAGCCGCCGCCAAGGAGAGCUGCUAUGACGGCGUGCCCAUCACGCGCAGCGUCCAGGACAACAAUUUUUGCGCGGCCAACCCUCGCUUCCUGGCCGUCAUCACCGAGUGCGCUGGCGGGGGGUCCUUCCUGGUCCUGACGGUCCAUCAUACGGGUAAAGUGGACCCUCACCACCCUCGAGUGACAGGCCACAGAGGCAACGUGUUAGACAUCAAAUGGAAUCCCUUCAAUGACUACUGCAUCGCCUCCUGCUCCGAGGACACCACGGUGAAGGUGUGGGAGAUCCCUCCUCACGGCGUGCUGAAGAACAUGACCGUACCUUGGAAGGAGCUCCAGGGUCACAGUCGCAGGGUAGGCCUCAUUGAGUGGCACCCCACCGCCAACAACAUCCUCUUCAGCACAGCGUACGACUACAAGGUCAUGAUCUGGAACCUGGACUGUCCUGAGCAAGUGAUCAAGAAUCCUGUGCGGACCCUGAGUCAGCACACAGACGUGGUCCUGUCCAUGUCUUUCAACACGGACGGCAGCGUCUUGGCCACCACUUGCAAAGACAGGAAGUUGCGGCUCCUGGAGCCACGCUCAGGAAGCCUCCUGCAGGAAGCCAACUGUAAGACGCACAAGGCCAGCAAGGUGAUCAUCCUGGGCAACGUGAAAAAGCUGCUCACAUCAGGCACGUCCAGAUGGAACGACCGACAGAUUGCUCUCUGGGAUCUGGAUGAUCUUUCAGUGCCUUUGUUAGAGGAGAACCUUGAUGGUUCGUCAGGGGUCCUCUUUCCUUUCUACGACCCUGACACACACAUGCUGUACCUGGCUGGAAAGGGUGACGGGAACAUCAGGUACUACGAGAUCAGCUCUGAGAAGCCGUACAUCCACUACCUGACAGAGUACCGCUCCAGCUUACCUCAGAAAGGGUUGGGUGUGAUGCCAAAGAGAGGCCUGGAUGUGAGCUCAUGUGAAGUGUUCAGGUUCUACAAGCUGGUGACCAUCAAGAGUCUGAUUGAGCCUCUGUCCAUGAUCGUACCUCGCCGGUCAGAGUCCUACCAAGAGGACAUUUAUCCAAUGACGGCAGGAAACAAAGCUGCCUUGACUGCAGAUGAAUGGCUGAGCGGCUUGGACAAAGGCCCGGUGUUGAUGUCCCUGAAGCCGGGACACCAAGUAGACGAGUCGUACCCUGACAUGACCAAGGGGUACAGCAGGUCUCAUGGGCGACCGGGUGCGUUGCAGCUGGCUUACAUUCAGGACCAGCUGGCCGCCAAAGACGGCAAGCAGGACUACAGCCUGGCGGGGGAUGAGAGGACAACUGUUACCAACGGAGAAGACCUCAUGCUCUGCUCUCCGCCAAAGACAGAAAAUGAGCUCCGUCUGAAAUUCCACAAGCAGCAGGAUGAAAUUCGGCGGCUGCGUGAGCUUGUCAACCAGAGGGACGUGCGCAUCAAGCAGCUGGAGCUGGAGAUCAAGAACAUCAAAAACUCUCAGUCUCCUAACUCACUUUAAGACUUUUUUUGGGACACUUGCUGAUUCCCCCACUUUUUUUGUUUUUGUUUUUUAAACUACAACCACGCUCUUCCUGUAGUCAGUUCCACACAAGGUACACAUAUUGUUGGUGUAAAUAUGACACUGAUUCUUACACACGCGCUUUUACAAACUACAGUCGUCCUUCGCUAUAUCGAGGUUUGAAUAUCGCGUCCCUAUUAUAGCGCGGUUUUCCGAAAAUAAUGAAUUAAUAAAUGAUGGCUGUUUCUUGGUUGACUAGGGCCUAUUAUUAGUCACAAAAUAUUGAAAGACAAGUUACAUGUUUUAUUCUGGUCACUAGGCAUCAGUAAUGUUAUGAGACAUGAUGUUAGAUUACAUUACCUUUCACACUGCAUGGAGACUCGCUACUGAGCCAGCAGAGCUGAGCCGACAUGCCAUAGCUGAAAUCGAGCGGGGGGGGGGGGAGGUUCUCCUCUCAUUCAGUGUGGAAGUGGUGAGUUUUUGGCUUUUUUGUCCUUCUUUCCCACUCCGUUUGAAACACUUUCUUAAGUUUAGAAUAAGUAAAUUGGAGAGGCUAACUAGUAAGCUUGGUAGCUUGCUAUGCUAGUGGCAGCCGUCUGUUAUGUCCUUGCAGUGAUCCCGUAGCCCACGCAAUGUGAUGUAAACAAAGAAUAAUAGGAGUGUAAAAGUGACUAUUGUGAUUUUAUUUGAUGUCUGAGGGCUCUAAUAAAGUUAAAACUUGGAUUAAGAAAGUGAAAAACAGGUUUUCCAUGCUCAAACUAUGAAAUUAUUCAGUUUAUUAAUAUUUUGCAGAAUAUUUGCGGAAAUUCAGUUAUCGCAGUCGGGUCCGGAACCAAUUAACCAUGAUAAACGAGGGACGACCGUACUAUGUUCUGUUCUGUUUUUUUCUUUUAUAUCACAGCUAUGCAACUUUGUAGCUUAUUUUUUUACAACUAAAACACUCUUUGUAGCUGAAAUAAGGGAAAAAGGAAAAUGAUUGUACCCAAACACAGAUUUUUUUUUUCUAUCCUGUCUUGUUUGUUGUUUUACUUUCUUUAAUAUUUAAGUACAAAUGGCUAAUAUAGCAGAAAAUUAACUACCGCAAAUCAGGGGUUUUACAAGUGUGGCACAUAUAUAAUAUACACAUUUAAUACAGUUGGGACCUGCCCUGCUUCCCGAAAACCUGAUUUCCUGGAGUAUAUUUUGUGUUUUGCCGCCCCCCCCCUUUAUUUUUCUCAAGCUGCUGUGCCACCCCUGAAGUCUUUUGGUGCCUCACACUAUGAAAAUCCCUGAACUUUUUUUUUUUUAUAACAGCGUGCUUCCAGCUUUUUUUCUGGCUUUUACACUGACUUUUUCAUUUUUUAAAUCUAAAUUGAAUUGCAGCUUUUGUACAUGCUGAGGCCAAUUGUGUGCUUUAAUCCUCAUCUCUACAAAAAAAUGAAUCAGGAAGUUGCAGUGCUAAAUAUAGUACUCAACGUGUUUCUUUACUGAGUUUAAGUCACUGUAUAAAAAUAUAUAUAUUUAAAAGCGGCUAACGAGACGUUUCAUUUUUGCUUCCCUUUUUGCUUUUGCUUCUAAUUUACAUAUGUAACGUUAGAAAAUUUACAACAUUUUACACUGUGGCGGCUGCAGUUAAAAGCCUGAAAUCAACAAUUUCGAUUUAAAGUGAAUUUUUAUUUAAUCCAUAUAUAUUGUUUUUCCGAGUUUGCGUAAGCGUCCAUGAACGCAACACAUUAGAUGACGUACCGUCGCCGGAGUGACACGUCAAAGUGUCAUGGCGACUGCCAUGAGGCGCUCGUAGCAGAAAUGUUGCCUUUUACAGAAGAAACAAUGAUUACUGAUUUAAAAAGGGUCAAUAUGGAGUGUCGUUACAGCUCGAAACACGCUGAAAUGAACAGUUUUAAAGGACCGACAAUGCAACGUUUGACUUGAUUGUUAAAGUUGAUAAAUGUACAAUACAUGACUUCAUCAUAAUUUAGGUUAAAUUGUGUUGACUGAGAUAGCCCAUGACUGAAUUUAAACAAAAAAAAGUGUGUUAAUGUCUUUUUAAAUAUAGGCAGCGAUGAAUUGCGUGCGUUGCUGAAGGCCACGUUACUUUUGUGUUUGUGUCGAAUCAGCUCCCUCAGGGAAAUCCAACAUGCCGUAAAUGCUUACGUGCCAUUAGACCAGUUUUUUCUGUAUGUUGUAUAAAUGUCUGUUUGCAUGUUUCACUCAUUUUUCUCCCUGUUGAAGACAUGAAUGCAACACAGGAUGAAAGAAAAGCAGAAAAUGUUAACAUUUUAUUUACAAAGUUGUUUUCUUGUCAUACAGAAAGUAAAAAUGUAGCUACAACCUUGGAUUUGUGCAACAGGUGGCCACACCGAGAGAAAAAACAAAAAAAAACGUAUGGCUCACUGGUUGCACAGCUGCUAUAGCAAUAAUUUUAUUGGGGUGGAUUGGGGCAGGGGGUAAAAGGAAACAGACAAAAUAAUACAAAAAAGAAACAUCAAACCCAACAACAACAACAAAAUAAUAAAUUCCGCCAACAAAACCAGGAAAAAGCACAGACCCAAUACUAGACCAAUCCCAAAGUCCUCACACGAGAUACAUAAAGCGGGAUUUGACAGUGAAAAUGUGGAAUGCUGAGUGGUGGGCUGCCUGAGAACCUUGGGGCUGUUGGGUGGUGGUGGUGGUGGUG